UAACAACACUGCUGCGAAGCAUCGUAGCGUUGUCAUCCUGCACGAGGCAGUGCUGUUACUGGCAGGAUCCCCAGACCUGAAAUUGUGCUCAGGGCACUGAUGAUCAGUGUGCCCUGAUGAUCAGUGUAGCCCCAGCAGUGCCACCUGUCAGUGUCUAUCAGUGCCUUGUGUCAGUGCUCAUCAGUACCACAUCAAUGCCACAUAUCAGUGCCUACCAGUGCACAUCAAUGCCACAUAUCAGUGCCCAUCUGAGCUGCCUUUCAGUGUCAAUCAGUGCAACCUAUCAGUGCUGCCAGUCAGUGCCGCCUAACAGUGCCAUAUAUCAGUGCUGCCUUUCAGUGCCCAUCAGUGAU